AUGUGGCUCAAGAACCUCCUGCCCUUGCUGUUGUGGUCCUCUCCGUUGCUGCAGCCUGCGAUCUCUAAUCCAGUAAUAUUAGGUCAGCGAGCUUCGGUCACCACCGAGUCUCAAGGACUUCAAGAUAUCGUUACCUGGGACGAGUACUCGUUUCUUGUUCGUGGGGAACGAAUCGUCUUUUUCUUUGGCGAGUUCCACCCUUUCAGGUUACCAUCACCUGAUCUUUGGCUGGACGUCCUCCAGAAGGUCAAAGCGCUGGGCUACAAUGGCGUUUCCUUUUAUGUCAACUGGGCACUACUUGAGGGAGAACCAGGUGUUUUCCGCGCUGACGGCGUGUUCGCCUUGGAACCUUUCUUCGAAGCAGCCAGCGAGGCUGGAAUCUACCUAUUGGCUAGGCCAGGAAGCUAUAUCAAUGCUGAGGUCGCAGGUGGAGGAUUUCCUGGGUGGUUAUCCCAUGUUGAUGGUACUUUCAGGACGAACGCGACUGGCUUUCUGGAGGCGACCGACCUCUAUAUGAAACGAGUUGGGGAGCUUAUAGCGAAGGCUCAGAUCACUGAAGGUGGCCCUGUUAUCUUGGUACAGCCAGAGAACGAGUAUACGAACCCAGCAGGCAACAUAACAUUCCCCAACAGUGACUACUUUCAGUAUGUGAUCGAUCAGAUUCGUGCUGCUGGCAUAGUUGUUCCCACUAUCAGCAAUGAUGCUAGCCCCAAGGGGAUCUUCUCACCGGACAGUGCCAUUGUGACCACACACGUCGACGUCUACGGACACGAUAGCUAUCCUCUAGGUUUCAACUGUGAACAGCCAUACAACUGGACCGACAACCGGCUACCCACGAACUUUUGGACUUUACACGAGCAACAAAGUCCCAGCACUCCCUACUCGAUAAUUGAAUUUCAGGGAGGUUCCUUUGAUCCGUGGGGAGGGUACGGCUUCGACAACUGUGCGACCCUUACCAACGAGCAGUUCGAGCGAAUCUUCUACAAGAACGAUAUCAGCUUCAGAGUUACAAUGCUCAAUCUGUAUAUGACUUACGGCGGAACCAAUUGGGGUAAUUUAGGACAUCCUCUAGGAUAUACAUCAUAUGACUACGGUGCGCCUAUAUCAGAGGAUCGUGCCGUUCUUCGCGCAAAGUACUCCGAAGCGAAACUUAUAGCAAAUUUCCUGAAGGUUACCCCUGCAUACGUUACCUCGAUUCCGAUGAACUACACCAACGGCUCUUUCGCUAGCACAUCCGAUAUUGCUGUAACACCACUGAUCGGGAAUGGAACUGAUGCUGAUAUUUAUGUUGUUCGACAUGCUGCCUACAACUCAAUGACCUCAACUCCAUAUGCUUUGAGUGUACCCUCUAGUGCUGGCAAUAUCACUAUCCCACAGUUGAAGACCUUGUCGGAUCAUCUGACCCUGAAUGGCAGAGAUUCUAAGAUACACGUAGUCGACUGUUCGCUUGGUAACAAGAAACUACUCUACUCAUCCGCAGAAGUAUUCACUUGGCAGCAAUACAGCAAAGAGACAGUGUUAGUGCUGUAUGGAGGAGAAAACGAGACUCAUGAAUUCGCUGUUACUGCCAGUCAAUGCAAGCUUCGGUCAGGGCAUCCCUCAGCAGUAACUAUCGCAACACAGGAUCAAUAUGAUGUUGUUCAGUGGCAAGUUACACCCGAUGCUGGUGUAGUUCAGUGCGGGGACUUGACUAUUCAUCUUCUUUGGCGCAACGAUGCUUACAAUUGGUGGGUGCUUGAACUGCCAGCCAGUGCGCCUGUAUCAAAUUAUUCCUUACCAACCAAGACGAACGUGAUCAUCAAUGGCGGCUAUCUUAUGCGUACAGCUCGACUCGAAGGUGGGAAUCUAUACUUGACUGGUGAUAUUAACACAACUACUACUAUCAGCGUGGCUGGUUCACCCAGCUUCAAUAAGAUCUAUUUCAACGGCAAAGACGUUGGGACCUCGCCUGCCACACUCGUAUAUAUCAAGCCCCAACUCAAUAUUCCGAUACUGUCGAAAGCGACUUGGUCUAAGUUGACAUGGGCUUCUAUGAACUCUCUACCGGAAAUCGAAUCGACAUACUCAGAUGAGCUGUGGACUAUUGCGAAUAAAACAAGCACAGUCAACCAAUUCCGACCAACAACUCCACAGGUACUUUACGCCAGUGAUUAUGGAUACCACAGUGGUUCCCUACUAUAUCGAGGUCAUUUUAGCACUCCAGCUGGCUCGACCUCACUGAAUCUCUCUCUUUUGACACAAGGCGGCUAUGCAUAUGGCUAUAGUGUAUGGCUAAACUCGACCAACAUCCUCCAGUAUCCCGGAAUCUCAACCUCACAAAACCACAACGUUACCAUACCACUAUCCAGCCUCACACCAAGCACAAACUACAUCGUGACGAUCUUUAUCGACCACCUCGGCCUAACAGAAAACUUCAACCCAGGCAACGACACCAUGCGCGAACCACGAGGCCUACUCUCCUACAACCUCACCACCUCCACCACCGCCUCCAUCCCAAUCAUAUGGAAACUAACCGGCAACCUCAACGGCGAACACUACAUCGACAAAACCCGCGGCCCCCUCAACGAAGGAGGAAUGUUCUUCGAACGCCAAGGCUACCACCUCCCCUCGGCCCCUCUAACCAACACCUCAGUCUUCCCGUCUCAAAACGACUCUCCUCUCGCCGGCUUCUCCGGCCCAGGCCUCCGCUUCUACGCCACGACUUUCCCUCUUGACCUGCAAACUCCAGAGUACGAUAUCCCGCUGGCUUUUGUCUUUACUAACAGUAGCACCACCACCUCCAAUGGUAGCAGACCAACCGCCUUCCGCGCCCAACUGUACAUCAACGGCUUCCAGUUUGGGAAAUACGUCAACCAUAUUGGCCCGCAGACGGUGUUUCCUGUGCCUGAGGGGGUCUUGAAUUAUCAUGGUUUGAAUUAUGUUGGUGUUAGUCUUUGGAAUCUAGAGGACGACGAUAGUGGUGUUCGGGUCAAGUUGGAUGGGUUUGAGUUGAGGACGAGUAGUGCGCCGGUUAUGAGUGGGAGAGGGAGGGAGGUGAGGUUGAGUUAUGUGUUGCCGAGGGAUGGGUGGUCGAGGAGGCAGGGGGCGUAUUGA